AUGACAGAAAAUGUGGUUUGUUCUGGGGCCGUCAAUGCUGUAAAGGAAGUCUGGGAAGAAAGAAUAAAGAAACACAAUGAAGUGGUGAAGCGAGAGAAGGAAUUUCAGCACAAGCUAGUGCGGAUCUGGGAAGAUCGAGUAAGCUUAACUAAGCUGAGAGAAAAGGUCACCAGGGAAGAUGGAAGAGUCAUUUUGAAGAUAGAAAAAGAAGAGUGGAAGGUGAACCAAAGGGGGCUUUUGAUUGCUGGCUUUGGACUGCUCACCAGACUGCAGGAACUGAUCCUUAGCUACAACAAAAUCAAGACUGUCCCCAAAGAACUGAGCAACUGUGCCAGCUUGGAGAAGCUAGAACUGGCUGUGAACAGAGAUAUAAGUGACCUCCCUCCAGAGGUCAGAAG